UCCGCAAUAAAAGCGCUCUUUGGAAGCAUUUUGCUGGCUAAUUUUCAAAGAUUCUUCCACAGACCAGUAGCAAACAAGUAUGUCAACUUCAGGAGUAUUAUAAGUUCCACUGAUUCCAUAUUUCAAUACGACUUCCUCAUACACUGCGGCACUGUGCAUCUAUGGGAACGCAAGCUCCAACCGAAGAAAAUUCUUCCAUUCCCAGCAAUAUGGAGACGCCAUCAGAGGAGCAAUCGCAGAUAGAUGAAAAGCUAGAGAGGCAGAAGCAAAUUGAUGAUUGGCUUCCUAUUACUUCCUCAAGGAAUGCAACCUGGUGGCACUCAGCUUUCCAUAAUGUCAACUCCAUGGUUGGAGUUGGUGUCCUAAGUCUUCCUUAUGCCAUGUCGAAUCUAGGAUGGGGUCCUGGAAUAGUUAUUCUAGUCCUAUCAUGGGUGAUCACUUUAUUCACACUAUGGCAAAUGGUUGAGAUGCAUGAAAUGGUACCUGGGAAGCGAUUCGAUAGGUAUCAUGAACUGGGACAACAUGCCUUUGGUGAAAAGCUUGGUCUUUGGAUUGUGGUGCCCCAACAGCUAGUCUGCGAGGUUGGUGUGAACAUUGUGUAUAUGGUCUCAGGAGGAAAAACACUACAGAAGGUGCACAGCAUAGUUCGCAAAGGCCAGAACCCGAUCAAACUCACCUACUUCAUCAUGAUCUAUGCCUCGGCUCAGUUUAUGCUCGCACAUCUCCCCAACUUUGGCUCCAUUACUGGUGUGUCAUUGACUGCAGCAGUCAUGUGUUUAAGUUACUCUACUAUUGCAUGGACGACUACAAUACAUAAGGGUGUUCAGGCAGAUGUAGAAUACGGGUAUAAAGCUCGUACCGCAUCAGGGACAGCUUUCAACUUCUUCACUGCAUUGGGAGACGUUGCGUUUGCAUAUGCAGGCCAUAAUGUGGUACUGGAGAUCCAAGCAACACUCCCUUCUUCACCUGACAAGCCAUCUAAGAAGCUUAUGUGGAGAGGGGUGAUCAUAGCCUAUACAGUCGUGGCUUUGUGCUAUUUUCCGGUGGCCCUCGUCGGAUAUUAUACUUUUGGCAACAGAGUCGAGGACAACAUCUUAAUCUCCUUGGAGAAACCUGCAUGGCUUAUCAUAACGGCCAACAUGUUUGUCGUUGUUCAUAUCAUUGGAGGUUAUCAGCUAUUUGCGAUGCCAGUAUUUGAUAUGAUAGAAACUGUCCUGAUAAAGAAACUGCAUUUUAGGCCUACAAAGACUCUUCGCUUCAUCUCGAGGAAUGUAUACGUUGCAUUCACAAUGUUCGUGGGCAUCAGUUUCCCCUUCUUUGGUGGACUUCUGGGGUUCUUUGGAGGAUUUGCUUUCUCACCAACGACAUACUUUCUCCCUUGCGUUAUCUGGCUAGCCAUAAGAAAACCACGGAAGUUUAGCUUAUCUUGGUUCAUCAACUGGAUUUGCAUUACACUGGGUGUCCUGCUGAUGAUCCUAUCACCGAUUGGAGGGUUGAGGCAUAUAAUACUUCAAGCCAAGGACUAUGAUUUCUACAACUAAAGAUACUUGGUACAAGAUUAUAUGCACCAAAACGUCACCCUGAAGUCCAAAAUGCAUAGACGGAGGCAACCAUGUGUGACCAAAUAACAUAAAAGAGGCACAAAGAAAGUUUCCGACUGUCUCGAAUCCUGAGGAUUCUCACUGUAUUGUUUAGUUGCUCAUUGUAUUGUUAAGUUGUUAGAGAAAGUACAUGUCACAGACAGACAGUGAUCUAAUACUAGAACUGUUUCAGAGCAAUGCACUGAUGUUUUAAUAACAGAGAGUUAUAUUGGCCAAAUCACAUAAGAGAAACAAGAUAACUAAUACUUUGAGAUUGAAACCUGUCAUUUAAGAUAAUGAAUGCAAAAACUCAUCAACUUU